UCCUUCCCUCCUCCACUUCUGUCUUCCCUACUUCAAAGACAGCCUCAUCAAUCAUACAUAGUCCACGUGUUACAGCAUGCGCUCCCGGCAACUGGGACUCAUUGUCGCUCCUCCUCCUCUUCUUCUUGUCGCCUUCUAAUCUGUCGCUUCACUUGCGAAACCUUCUGUCUAGAGAGCCAGCUUUACACCUCUCGGUCCUCUCAUGAUCACUCAGGAUCCCACCCAUGUUGCCUGCAUCUUCGUGGGCUUGCCCUCCACAUGGAGUAGCUACUUCUAGAGCAGAGGUUAAGGCACUGUCUGAUGCCAGAAACGAAGCGGUUGCUAUGGCGGCCUAUUCCACGAAGAAAUUCGCGAGCCGGCUGCGCUACAUGCAAGGCUCGUCGAAUCAAAUGCGAUGCUAGCGUUCCGGGAUGUCUCAAUUGCUCGAGACGAAGUUUCACUUGUCCUGGGUACACAAGGGUCCUACAAUGGAAAGAAAAACACCAGGUCGCCCAAUCGGCCUCCUUCGUGAACGACCCUGAUCCCAACAUACCUGCCGAAACGUUAAAACCCGACGCAAGGAUCAAAGGGAAAGUAGGGGCCUCGCGUGAUGAUUCUCAACUUGACAAUGAAUACCAGCACUGUUCUCUCGGAACGCAAUAUCGUGCUAUUCCACCGCUGUCCACGAACAACGACCCCUUCUCAUCGCCAAUCUUGCAAAAGCAACCUUCACCGCCCGCUACCCCACGCGACGAAGCCUUGGUUGUGAGAAACGCGACUACGACCAUAGCAACCCUUCGGCCUUCUCACCUACGCUCGUUGAAUGAUAGGACUGUGCUUCUCAUGGCACAUUAUUUUCGCAAGAUUUGCGUCAUCAACUCCUGCUUCGAUUCGUUCGCCAAUCCAUUUCGGACGGAGAUUCCGGGUCUUAUGGCUACGUCGCGUCUUGUACAAUGCUGCAUACUGAGUAUGUCGGCUGCACAUCUCCGCAGUGCCCGUCCGGAGUGGUCGUUUGACAGCUUAGAGUAUCUAACAGCAGCUGUGUCCGAAUUGAUGACGGAAGUCAAUGCCGUGUCCUCUGACUCUUCUCUAUCGACCUACGUUGAUCAAAGGUUAGAUAAUGCCCUUCUCGGUGCAAUCAUGUUAGGCAUGACCACUUCGUGGCACCCUUCCUCGGGCCUAGGCCUAGAGCACAUUGCUGGCUCUCGCGCUUUAUUCCGCACCUGGAUCAGACACAAUUUUGGAAGCGGACGAAAAGAUGAUGAAAAUCUGUCUCGGUUGAGUCUCUAUCUGGGGCUGCAUGCGUAUUGGGAGGCCAUGGCUUCCUUCUUGAUAGAUCAAGAUCCUGGCCAGCUCGAUUACCUGCAAGUUGCCUUCACAAUACCUCCGACGCAAGUUGCUCGCAUCCAUCCGUGGACUGGGGUCAGCGCCAUCCCAUGGGUGUAUUUAGCGAAGGUGGGAUGCAUGGUGCGCUUGAAGAGAAAUCUGGCAAAUUGUGGUGUCCGUGGUCGAUGGGAAAGUUCCAUCAUCGGCGCCACCGUAUCUUCCUUGGGGAAGCUCGAGGAGGACGCGUGGAAGCUUGCUGGACAAAUUAUGACCUACAGCGUCCCCAGCGAUGAACAAAUCGAAGAUACAUUCGACACGAACACCACGAAAUCUCAUCUGAAGAAUCUAGCACGUUGUUGUCAGCUAGCAGCGUUGCUAGAGCUUCAGAGAUCAUUUGAUGCCGUUCACGAGCAGCAAGCAGUCUUGGAUUGGAUCAGUCAUGCAGACGCAGCAGAGGCGCAGAAGAACGCGUCUCUAUUGUACACAGACACGAUACGAGAGCUCUCGUUGCGUAUAUUGCAACUUCUGUCAGAUGUCCCGACGAACUCGGGCACGCAGGCUCUACAUCACCUUCCGCUCUUGAUAGCAGGAAGUGUGCUACUACCACAUAUCAUGAAACAGUCCCCAAGGACACUUCUGCAGAAAUCGAUUGCCGAGCGCAGAGAUAUCAAUGAGGAUGCAACUGUUUCUACUAUCGACUUCUGGCGCAACUUCGUGAUGGGUCGACUCACCUCUCUUCAGCGAGCGGUCAACCUGAACGGACAUCGAAAGAUCCGGCUUCUUCUCCAGGAGAUUUGGGCAAGAGGUGACGCUUUGAUUUGGCACCCCCAAGCGUUGUCUGCAGGGUAUCUUCACUGGGUAGACGUCAUGGAAGAGAAGGACCUGCAAUUUUUCUUUUAACAAUGAUACGAAAUACUUCCCGUGGGAUUAAGAGUCCAACUUCCUCCGAACACCAUGUUUACCCCGCGGAACGUUUCAUGAUCAUCCUCUCUGACAGAAGCUUGAUUUGCUCGCUGACAGGGAAAAGGAGUCUCGCCUUCAAUACCCGGACGGAAUGUCCAAUGGGAAAUGAGGCAGCCACUCACAGGUUGGGUAAGCAAAGGAGACCAUAGAGAUGAUGCCAAGUC